AUCGCCUCAUGCUCGGGGCUGGCGGACCCGGCCCGGCCAUGAGCGCCCAUCUGGCCACGCCGCCCUACGCGCCCUACGCCGGCGCGGCCAGGUAUGGGGACUACUGCUGGUUCUCCGCAGGCAGCAUGGACGGCGUGCCCGCCGAGGAGCCUCCGGCGCAGGACGCGCUCUCCCUGCCCGCGGCCAAGACGCCCAGUCCCUCAGUUGACUCCCCAGCUUCCUCCAGCUCUGGGACGCUCACCCAGUACUACACCCCCGACUCCGCCACCAGCCCCACGGCCGCAGGGAGCCCGUCUUCCCACUCCUCCCAGCCGAAGGCCAAGGCGCAGGGCAAGGGUGUGGGGAAGACGGGCAAGAGCCGCACAGCCUUCUCGCAGGAGCAGCUGAAGGCCCUGCACCAGCGCUUCCAGAGCCAGAAGUACCUCAGCCCCCAGCAGAUCCGGGAGCUGGCUGCCGCCCUUGAGCUCACCUACAAGCAGGUGAAAACGUGGUUUCAGAAUCAACGGAUGAAAUUUAAGCGUUGCCAAAAGGAAAGCCAGUGGGCGGAUAAAGGGAUGUGUCUACCUCAGAAUGGGGUUCCUCAGGCUGCAUACCUGGACAUAGCACCGUUCCACCAGGUCUUCCCUGUCGGCGCGGGAAGGAACUUCCAGGCUGUGCCCAACGUGCACCAGGCUUACAGCAGCGGACAGACUUACGGGAACGGGCAGAACCUGUACUCCUUCAUGUCUGUGGAGGAUGAGGGGCUCUUUGGAAAAGGUGGGACAAGCUGCAACACCCAGCAAACCAUGGGUUUAUUAAGCCAGCAAAUGAACUUCUAUCACAGCUACUUUGACAAUAUAGAUUAUGUCAGUGUAGAGGCAGAAGACCCCUUCAACUUCCCGAGCACCUCUGACACUGUCACACCAUUUUCCAGCUCUCCUGCACAGAAUCAAUGCCAGUUACCUUGGCAUCCCAUGGGGACCCAGAGUGGGUAUGAGUCUCAAGUUUAAAUAUUUUUUUCCUCCCAUCUCUUGGGCUCAUCCAUGGGAUUUCCACGGUUUUGACUCAGGGAUACAUGUUCUAUGCGUUUUUCGUGCCCCUCCUCCUUUUAACUACUGGAGGGGGCUCAGCACCCUGCUGCCUGGGGCUAGUUUCCUGUUUAAGUGUGCCUGUCUGUUCAUAGCUAACCCUUGGCAAAGAUGCUUUGGGUAUUAAAGAGAUUGAACCUCAUUCAUUGAGGCUAGUGUGCAAUGUUACAGCUGUGAGCAGUAGAUGUUGUUAUGGUCGUUUUUUGUUCUAGUCUCACCUUCUUUGCCGUCUCUCCAGUAGGUGACCUCUGAUCCUUGCUCUGUGUGUGUUGCCGCAGAGCUUCCACUGCAAAGGAGGUGAAUAUUUGUUGUUGCAGAAUAAUUUUUCAUAAAGUAAAGUAAAGGGUUUUCGCAGUGUUAACAAGCAUGUGUUAUGUCCAUGUUGUGUUUUAUUGCUUUUUCUGCUUAAUGUUCAAUGUUCUUAAUGUUAAUGUUCUUACAAAGUUGUUUGAAUUAGAAAUAAAUAAUUCUAUUUUAAUAUGGUGA